AUGGCUCCAGUGAAGGUCUACGGCUUGAACAUGUCGACUUGCACCAAGAGGGUGCUCACCACUCUCGAGGAGAAAGCCGUUACGGACUACGAGGUGGUUCCGGUGGAUCUUGGGAAAGGGGAGCACAAGUCGGAAGAGUUCAAGAAGAAGCAGAAGAAUGCCGGCCAAGGCACUGACCUUCUCGGCUCCACGCUCAAGGAGCGUGCGCUGGUGAACCAGUGGCUGGAGGUGGAGGCGCAGAACUACAACCCGCCGCUCUCGGCGCUGAUUGCGGAGAAAGUGUUCAAGCCCAUGUUCGGUGGGGGCGAGCCCGACCUGGCCAAGGCGGAAGAGCUCAAGGCGAAGCUCUCGAAGGUUCUCGAUGUGUACGAAGCCCAUCUGGUCAGCAACGAGUACCUGGCGGGGUCCGAUUUCUCCCUCGCGGAUCUGUCGCACCUGCCCUACACGGCUCUGCUGUGGGUGUCAGGGGAUUCAGAUCUUGUAACUUCGCGUCCGAAUGUGAAUGCCUGGUGGGAGAGGAUUUCUUCACGCCCUGCGUGGAAGAAAGUUUCCGCGCUGCAGUGA